CUGGCAAGUCCGAGAAGCCACUGGCCUGCACUUAGAGCCCCAGACCCCAGUUUUCCCUGAGGUCGCCAUCCUUGGAUCUAGUGGCUGUCCUCUUGACAUGAGCGCCGCUGCAGUGUUUCGAGGCCUCCGGCCCAGCCCUGAGCUGCUGCUUCUGGGCCUGUUGUUUCUGCCAGCGGUGGUUGCUGUCACCAGUGCUAGUCCUGAAGAAAGCGAUGGAGAUCUUAGAUGUGUGUGUGUGAAGACCAUCUCCUCUGGUGUCCACCCCAAGCACAUGGUCAGUCUGGAGGUGAUCAAAGCAGGACGGCACUGCGCGGUUCCCCAGCUCAUAGCCACCCUGAAGAAUGGGAGGAAAGUUUGCCUGGACCGGCAGGCACCCCUAUAUAAGAAAGUAAUCAAGAAAAUCCUGGAGAAUUAGAUACCCGCUGCCUAAGUGUGAAUGUGUAACGUGGGAUUCCUGGCAUCUUGUCUACUUUUAGUGUAACUGCAAUCUUCAGAUGUUUGCAUUAGCCUUGGAGAUUUAAAUAAAUGCAUUGAACCAA